CGCGUGGUUCACACCAACGCAACACGGACCGACAAGCCCGACGGCACGGGCAUGUACUUGCACGGAUCGAACAAUGGGAUCACGCCGCCCAUCUCACUGGCUGGCCCAACAUCAACAGACCAUCAAUUGACGUCGUCCCUCACAGACACGCUCAGGCAGUGGAAUUUGUACGAAAGCGCCGAGGGAAGCCUUCGCCGUGAAAAUGCGCUGGAGCUCGUUGGUGCAUGGGUGGAGCAAUGGGCUCAAAAUGAAGCAACGAAACGAGGGCUGGUUGUGGAUGCAACGUCGCUGACUCAGAUUCGCACGUUUGGAUCGUAUCGCUUGGGAGUUCACAGUCCGGAAGCUGAUAUCGAUACGCUAUGCCUCGCUCCUCGCCACUGUUCCCGCUUGGGGUUCUUCACGUCGUUCCCAUUGCUACUCAAGCACCAAGCGCAAGUCACGUCGGUGCAUUCGAUCCCUGACGCGUAUGUGCCCGUGAUCAAAUUCCAAGUGUUGGGCGUCGCAAUCGAUCUCCUUUUCGUCGCUCUGGACGUUGCGAGUGUUCCGGAAGACAUCGAUCUGCUCGACCCGAAGACUCUACGUGACGUUGACGAGCCGGGUGUGCGGAGUUUGAACGGUUGCCGCGUGGCUGAAAUGAUCCUGCAACUUGUCCCCAACCUGGACCAGUUCCGCUUGACGCUGGUGGCAGUCAAGCAUUGGGCGCGCAUGCGAGGCAUCUACUCGAACGUGCUGGGCUUCCUCGGAGGAGUCAACUGGGCCAUCCUCGUCGCUCGCGUGUGCCAAUUGUACCCCCAGUCCCUUGCGGGAACGCUUCUGACCAAAUUUUUCCGCGUUUACCACCAAUGGAUCUGGCCAAAUCCCAUUUUGCUCAACAACAUCAUGGACGACGAUGGCAAGCAUGCGGAACUCCACCAUCUCCAGUCGUGGAAUCCCAAGUUAUACCCUCGGGACCGGCUCCACCUCAUGCCCAUCAUCACCCCGGCAUUUCCCGCCAUGAACUCGUCCUACAACGUCCUGGAUUGUACGUUGCGCCUCAUGCAGGCAGAGUUCCGGCAGGCGGCGACGGUGUGUGUCGACAUUGAGCUCCAGAGCCUGCCAUGGGAAGAGCUGUUCCUUGAAUCGUCGUUUUUUAACCGGUGGGAGCACUUUCUCCGCAUCGAUGUUUCGUCCGAUCCGGCGCAUUUCACGUCGUGGUUUGGCUGGGUUGAAUCCCGACUGCGCUCCCUGUUUGGCCGGUACGACAAAGGCGCGUUUCAUUCGAAUGCUUUAGCCAGCACGGAUGACUAGACUGGAGCAAAUGGAAGAUGUCGACAUCGCUCCGUUCGCGCGCUUCUACGACAUCCCCACCGACGAUCAGACUGAUACUGCUACCAGUAGCACCAGCACUGGCGUAACGUCGUCGAGCUGCUUCGUGGGGCUUGCGUUCCACUUGCCCGACAAUGCGCAGCGGUUUAGUGUGGAUUUCACUGCCGCCGUGCAGGAAUUUGCGGCUGUGUUAGAUCUGUGGCCGCAGCGAACAAGCGACAUGGACCUCCAAGUGCAUUACGUGCGGAGGACCCAGCUCCCGCGAUGGAUCGCACGACCGUCGACGGAGCAGCUUGGCGUGGUGAAUGGCAAGAGGCGGACGGAUUGCGUCACCGACGAUUCCACGCCACACACGCAUUCACCCAAGAGAAGGAAAGGUACGUUGCAUCCUUCGUCGAGAUAGAUGAUAAUGUGUAGCUCAAUGCACGUACUUCGUCUGUCAUUGUCCUCCUUCCAUGGCGACGGCGUCGGC